GCUGUAAAGUCCAUUCAUUGAAGUUAAAUAUUAGAACUUUGUACACUAUUGAUGUAGAUAGACUCAUGUUUUUCAUACUUCGCUUGUCUAAGGUGCAUACUCCUACGGAGACCAGGCAUCCCCAGAAAUGUUCAAGAGAGCGACCACAAACGGGAAAAACUUGAGGUGUAUAUCUCAUGUUUUUUGCAGCCGCUCGAAGACCCGGCUAAUGUUAUUAUCCCUUCUCCAUUGGCACCAAAUAGUGUUUUCCAACUGUAGUAUUUUCUGCAAGUCCACGUACAGGGUUGAGUACGUCUUCGGGUUUACUCACAGUACGAUUCCUUUCGAUUGGUUCCCCAUUUGCAACCCUUUGCCAUUUAGGCAAAGUGAGUCUUCCAUAGACUAAGAAGGAGACUCACGUAGAUUACAGUGUCUACACCUUUGUGUAUCAAUUACGAAUGUUAAACUUGGGAUCCCUGCUCAAGCUAUUAAAACGUAUAGGCGAUCGUAAUCUUGGAAUAAACCUCGUCGUAUUCUACCUGGCUGAAAGUGGACGAGUGAGAAGUUUAAUACCCCCUGAGGACAGUGCACGUUUUAACGUUGGCUACGAUUGUGGAGUAGAGACCAGCUAGAAGUU